ACACACACACACACACACACACACACACACACACACACACAGAAGCUCCGGUGACUGAUUCCCCACUACACCACACUACACCACACUACACAGUCGCUCCCCGACGCUUCUGGAUGUAAUUUGUUUCUUUGUGUUUAAAAAGCCAAAUGUGGCCGAUUUAAGGUCCGAAUGUGAUCCUGUGUCUGUUCUGUGUGUCUGUCGGUCUGUCGGUCUGUCGGUGUUCUUUAGAACCGCAAGUCCGUUAUUAUCUGUGAAAAGUGAACCGCUCUGAAUCUCCUCAUUUAUCUCCACAAACACGGUUUAUAUCGGCGUUAUAAACACAAACGUCGAAUAACGAACUUGAGCGGAGACAAAGACAAACUUCAUCAUCGGUGUGAAAACAGCGUUUUAUGAUGACAAGCGUUUUACCUGCCAGGAGACAUGCAGCUGUUUGUGUUAUACUGGCAAGUCUCUCUGCAGUAGCGAUGGCUUGUAACAGCUAUUAUGAGGAUGCUAUCAAGGAGUUGUGUCUGGCUAAGUUCAAGGAGGACAUGGAAGCUCUGGACCAGGGCCAUUGGUGCAGCUGGGAGGACACAGUAGAGUCCUAUGGAGAGCUGACAAACUGUACUUUCCUGGUGGCCUGGAAGAUGAACUGUUUCUGGCCCAACAGGCUUGUGGACGAGUUCUUCAUCGGUGUGCACAGACACUACUUCCAUAACUGCUCGCCUACAGGCCGCCUGCCUCACGAUCCACCCAACAGGAUUUUAGGGCCCUUCAUCAUAGUGCCCAUUGUGGUCACUCUGCUCAUGACAGCCCUGGUGGUGUGGAGGAGUAAACGCAAUGAGGGCAUUGUGUAACACAUCAUCCUGCUCCGCUGACCCCCUGAAGCACCGAGGCUCAGGUUACCGAAACCCAGAGAACACGUACCAUGCUGCUGAAACAGGGAGAUGUUCAACUAUUGACUUGUAGCUUGGAGAACUUGUAGAACGGAGCUGCCUGCAGUCUACACACACACACACACACACACACACACACACACACACACACACACACACACACACACACACACACA